AGCCGGAAAUGGAAGGGCGGAAAGUACCGAGCCGGCUGGGGCCGGAAAGUGGCUACGCAAGGCGCCACCAUUAGAGGUCGGUGCCGGAAGGAGAAGUAGGGCGCCGCCAUGACGGGUUGGGCCUAAAGGGAACGGGGCUGCCUGUCUGCUCUGCGACCGGGAAAAUACGAGGCGAGGAGGGCUGGGCUGGGCGCCGCCAUGACAACCUGAUACCGGAAAAGGCGGGGCUAUCCUCCCUCAUUGAUCCUCCUCCGGCAUCGGCCUCAAGAUGCAGGCAGCCCUGGAGAUCACUGCUCGCUACUGUGGCCAGGAGCUGGAGCAGUAUGGCCAGUGUGUGGCAGCCAAGCCUGAGUCAUGGCAACGAGACUGUCACCACCUUAAGAUGAGCAUUGCUCAGUGCACGUCCGCCCACCCAGUCAUCCGGCAGAUCCGCCAGGCCUGUGCGGAGCCUUUUGAGGCCUUUGAGGAAUGUCUUAGACAGAACGAGGCAGCCGUGGGCAACUGUGCAGAACAUGUGCGCCGCUUCCUGCAAUGUGCUGAGCGGGUGCAGCCGACACACACACCCUCUACCGCAGAGGCACAGCCACUUCCUGCCUCCUGAGGACCCUUCAGACCGUAGGAGAACUGGACAUGAGUGACUGCACUUGAUGCCUCCACCCCUGAAGAAUGGCCAGGUGGCGUCCUGAGGGCUGUGGACAUGGGCCUGGCUUCCCUGGACAUCAAGACUCACAAUAAAUAAAGACUAUACCAGGCUUUGGUUCCUGCCUUCAGCACCUGCGGGGCCCUGUUCCCCAGCUUCACCUACUGUGCCAAGGAGGGGCCUGGGGCAUGGGGCAAGCUGCUCUGUCUGUUCACCAAGGUUAAGGCGACCCCUCUUCCCCCCUCAGCUCUGCCAACAUCAAUUUCCUGUCUCCUGCCGCACGGAUACAGAGAAGGGCUCCUUCUCACUUUAACUCUAGCGUUUACAAGCCUUCAUUGAGUGUUUCCUGGAGGCUUAGGGGGCAAUAAAUAACACACCUCCUUCCCUCUUGA